AUGGCGUUCUUCCAAGGCAUGGAGGAGGCUACCAAGCUCUUACCCUCCAAAAACGACAUCGAGACAUUGGAUCGUGAUUGGGGCCGGAAGAAGAGGCUUCAAGACAAAGAUGAUGUGGAUGUUUGCAUAGGCAGAAGCAGCAAGCAGAAGGCGGUGCAGUCGCAACCUGACUCAGAGGAGGAAGCCGCAGCAUGCGAGAUGCUGGACCGGUUCAUGCUUAACGAUGAAACCAGCCAUGCCAGCAUGCAGCAGGAGCUACUUAGCUCCAUGGAGCUGGAGAAGCCAGGGGCACGGGGAAGGCGUGGUACUGGUGUAAGCCACACGGUGGACCUGCAUGCCUUGCUCAUCCGGGGAUGGGAUGCAGCGGCUAGCUCACUGCUUCGCCCAGGGGCUGGAGGCGCGGUUGGUGGGCACGGGGAACCAGAUGUGUCAAGGUUCCUUGAGGCGCUCAACAACUUUGCUGCAGUGUUCGAUGCGAUGGACACCAUUAUGCUGCAGGAAAACCAGAACAGGCUGCUGGCUGAGCAGUGGUUAGCAACGUGCGCCAUGAACAUCGUCGCGUGUGAGGGUAUGGACCGGGUGUCACGGCCUCACAACUACAAGCAGUGGCAGGUGAGGAGCGAACGAGCAGGGCUGAGGCAGCUGCCAUUGGAUCCGGACAUGGUUCAGAUGUGCAAAGACAAUGUGAGGAAGGAAUACCGCAAAUACAUCGUGAUCAAUGAGGAUCACGAGUGGCUCCUCACGGGAUGGAGAGGGCGAGUCCUCGCUGCGUUCUCCACGUGGAAGGCAGAUGAUGAUAGAUCUGGCUUGGUUGAAUGA